AAAGCGAGGAAAGCAAUGCGCCGUGACAGCGCGCAGGGUGAGCACGGUGGAAAAUGCACCAGCGCGUAGAGUGGCGAGCGGCUGAAGAUCGGAGCCGCGAAACUAAGAGGAUAUAAAAAGAACCGGGGCACCUAUUUUAUUGACAGUAUCAAACAUAUUAAAUGAUCGGAUACAUCUAUAUUCACACAUAUACAUACACACAUCAAUAAAAUAUUUCUUCAAAGCUGAUACAUGACUAGAUUGGAGUAUGUCAGCUUAGCAUGGUAUUUUCCUGCGCCGGGGACUACUACACGUUAUGGCAUUUCUCACAGUGUUUUUGGACGUUCUUCCCACGACGGUGUGCCGGAAAAUUGUGGUCAUCUUCUGCUCGUUGAUGAUGUCCUUGUACUUCUUGUAUUAUCUGACGGAUCUCUGUCACACCAUGUCCAGCCCCGUCCGUGGCUCAGAGGAAAACUACCUGGCGGGAGACUUUGGCGAGUGGCAGGCGCUUCGCAGGAAGAGGUUGCUGCAGAAGCUCCAGUUGCAGGGUUACUUGAACGGCGAGCUCCCUGAAAAGUACUUCAGGGAGCUGAGGCUGCAGUUACAGUCCGUGAACGUGAAGCAGCAGGAGAGGAUCGGCAGGUCGCUGGCGGGCAACCCGCCCAGCACCCUGAGCUUCAGCGAGGAGGGGGUGAGGAAGCUCCCGCAAGCGAUCAUCAUCGGGGUGAAGAAGGGAGGCACACGGGCUCUGCUCGAAUUUGUCCGGGUCCACCCCGACAUCAGGGCCGUGGGGGAAGAGCCGCAUUUCUUCGACCGACACUACGAAAAGGGACUCCGCUGGUACAGAAACUUGAUGCCUAAAACUCUGGAUGGACAAGUCACUAUGGAGAAAACACCCAGUUAUUUUGUCACUAAGGAAGCAGCUGCCCGAAUCUAUGCAAUGUCCAAGGAUGCCAAACUCAUACUGGUAGUUCGGGAUCCAGUCACUAGAGCUAUAUCUGACUACACACAAGCUCUCUCGAAGAAACCCAACAUACCCAGUUUUGAGAGCUUAGCCUUCAAAAACAGGACUUCAGGUUUGAUUGACACUUCCUGGAAUGCGAUCCAGAUUGGCAUCUAUGCCAAGCACCUGGAGAACUGGCUUCUCUAUUUCCCUAUGGGACAAAUCCUGUUUGUGAGUGGAGAGAGACUAAUUAAUGACCCAGCCGGGGAGCUAGGAAAAGUACAAGACUUCCUGGGUCUCAAAAGAAUCAUUACAGAUAAACACUUUUACUUCAACAAGACCAAGGGCUUUCUCUGCUUGAAGAAACCAGAGGGAAGCAGCAAGCCCCAUUGCCUAGGCAAAACGAAAGGAAGGACACAUCCCAAUAUUGACCCAGAGGUGGUUCGGAGGCUGAGAGACUUCUAUAGGCCUUUCAACAUGAAAUUUUACCAAAUGACGGGGCAGAACUUUGGCUGGGAUAACUGAAAUGUUAAAUAUGUAAGAUAUUCACAACAGGACUAUAAAUAUUAAAAUAAUGACAACAGAAGAUAUUCUGAAUAAAUUUAAGCAGGAAUCUGUUGGAAGCAAGGAUGUUCUUUCCUUAUGUUCAAAGAUACAUUUUUUCUGAGUUAUUUAUUUAAACCAAUAGCUACAUAUUAGACAAGAAUAUAGAAUGAGCAAUCUAGA